UCAAGUUUGAUGAUGGAGUUUACUGAUCUUACUUCCUUUGACAUAUUAAUAAUCGGUUCCUUUUCAUUAUUAUUAUUUGCUUAUGCUACUAUUUUAUUGAUCACCUACAUGUUGAAGUUAAGACAAGACAAGCUUAAGGAUAUGCAUAGAAAAACAAGAUUAGCCGGAAAAAUAUCGGCUCCUGCUUCUGUCGCGGUGGUGGAUCAAGAUGUUUUCGAAUGCCCUGUUUGCUGCGAGCCCCUCAAGAUUCCUAUAUACCAGUGUGUUAGUGGUCAUCUAGCUUGUACUCCAUGUUGGGAAAGAAUAGAGAACAUAUGCCCAUCUUGUCAAAAACUGGUUGGGAGACAACUUCGUUGCAGAGCCAUGGAGAAAGUUCUUGAAGUAGUUACAGUGUCAUGUCCAUAUGCCAUUUACGGGUGUAAAGAGAUUAUCUCAUAUGCAAAUCUCUCUAGGCAUGAGGAGAUGUGUCUUUUUGCACAUUAUUCAUGUCCAAUGGGUGGCUGCAACUAUACAGGCUUCAUUAAGGAUCUCCACAAACACGUCCGCGACAACCACAAACCCUAUGCCAGUCUUUACACAGUGAGGAAUACUAACCAGACUUUUUUUGUCUCCUUUGUGCUGAACUUUUCUUGUGUUUAUCUUCAUCUUGUGAUAAUCUUUUUGAUUUCAUCUUUCCAAUCUGGUUAUAGUUAUAUAUCCGAUGUCUCCUUGGACGAUGAUGAUUGACCUUAGCUGAAUCAACCGUAGCCUGUGACGAGAUUCUUAGAUCAAUGUAGCCUCUGCUCCCAAUCAUAUCAAACCAGAAUGAGGUUGUAAUUCCAUGUUUAACUUCGACCCUGCAGAACUGUUUUGCUAUAUCUCUGUAUUUCCAUAUCUUGUUUACAAGAAGACUUAACAUCAAAACGACAUAUACUAGAAAAUACAUACAUAUCUGAUCCAGAGACUAGCUCUCGCUAGCGGUUCCAUCUUCA